AUGGUACAGCCCGGCCGGGUAAAGAGGCCGGGCGGCGCUAGCCACCAAGGAAGAGGUAUGGGGCUACGCGCGGGUGGAGCGCUCCGGAGGGCGGGUGCGGGGCCCGGGGCGCCUGAGGGACAGGGACCCGGUGGCGCCCAGGGCGGCAGCAUCCACUCGGGCUGCAUCGCCACGGUGCACAACGUACCAAUCGCCGUGCUCAUCCGGCCGCUGCCGUCCGUGCUGGAUCCAGCCAAAGUGCAGAGCCUGGUGGACACGAUCCUGGAGGACCCUGACAGUGUGCCCCCCAUCGAUGUCCUCUGGAUCAAAGGGGCCCAGGGUGGUGACUACUACUACUCCUUUGGGGGCUGCCACCGCUAUGCAGCCUACCAGCAGCUACAGAGAGAGACCAUUCCUGCCAAGCUCGUGAGGUCCACCCUUUCAGACCUGAGGAUGUACCUGGGAGCAUCCACACCAGACUUGCAGUAGCAACCUCCUGAUAACCUCCACCCCCAUCAGCACCACUUCCUGGCGCUCAGAAGAUACAUGCAGCCCCCAGCAGGCAGAAGCUAUAGAAGAGAUAUGUUCUCUUUAUACUUAAGGAGGGAGGUCUGCCUCUUGGUGCCUCUGCACUAGCCCCCAGGGACUAUAAAAAGAUAUCAUGGCCUUGACUCUGAAGGAGUUCCAAGAGGAGGAAGUGAGAAAGGAGAUGGAUGUGGAGACAAGGACUCUCAUUUUAAUCUUUAUAUCACUACAUGAACUAUGUACUAAGAAGUAAAGGAAAACCUAGGUCACCAUGGCUUAAGCAACAGGCGCUUGUUAUUCCUAUAGCCUGAAUCCUGGAACAGGUGGCUAACACAGUAUUGUGUCAACAGCUCAGUGGAGGCGGGGCUUCCUCUGGAUAAUCCUUUGGCCCUGUCCUCAUUGCUCCUUACUUCCUAGUCACAAGAUGGCUGCUGUGUUUCUAGGAAUCAUGUCUGUGCUCAAGGAAGAAACCCGCAGGACCAACUUCCAUCAGAAAGGAAAACCUUGUUCAAAGUUUCAGGAACCUGUUCUUUGCAUAUUUGCACAUAGUCACCUUGGUCUAAGCUAGCCACCAUUGCCACCCACAGCUGCAAAGAAAGCAGACAUUAGGAAGCGUUGUCACAGCUGAGCGUGACUGCCUUGUUCAUCCCCUGGAACUGGCACUGUGCCUCCUGGGAGCGGGAGAGGGAGAUGUUAGCCUUUGCUACGAAACAAGCCAUCCCCAAACUCAUCAGCGAAACAAGUAUUCAUUUACCCAUGAUUCUCUAGGUUAGCUAAGCUCCUUUGAGCAGCUCUACUGGCGUGGCCUGGUCCUGCUCAUGAGCCCAUAGUCAAUUGGGUCUGGUUGGACUAGGACCACUGUAGCCGUUGUGGCAAGUGUUGGCUACAUUGGCUUGAUUAUUCUUGUUGCCUCUCUCUCACAGGUCAGCUCAGGCUUAUUCUCAAGACGGCCUCAGGGUUCCAAGAGAGAGAGAGUAGUAGUGACUAAGCAGGACCUGGAGCUUACCUGCUCACCUGUUAAUAGCACUUACAUGGUGAUUCACAACACUGUCAUUUCCAUUCCAGAUGACCUGAUAUCCUCUUCUAGCCUUUGUGGACCCAGAUACACACAUUCAAGCAACACACCCAAUUACAUUUUUUUUUUGAAACAGGGUUUUUCUGUGUAGCUCUGGCAGUCCUGGGACUCACUCUGCAGUAUCAGGCUAGCCUUGAUCUAACUCACAGAGAUCUGCCUCUACUGCCUCCCAAGUGCUGGUAUUAAAGGCGUGCCCUACUAUCACCCAGGUACAUUUUUUUUUUUUAAAGGUGACAAGAUUUCUUCAACCCCAGUGCCAGGAAUGUAUCUCUGCUGGUCAGUUUAUUCCUUAGAUUUAAGGGGUGCAAACGAACCCAGCUCUCAGUGAGAGGAACUGUAAAGAACAUGGGGCUGUUGUUCAUCGCAGAUGAAUCUUGGUGGGCAAGAGACAGAAUUACUCACUCCCACACAUAAGCACUGCUUUUCAUAAGUUUGUCACAGAAGCACACAAAGGGCCUUAUCAAGUCAGCCUUUAAGCAACUGUUCUCAAAACCUAGAAGUCAUGGUAUGGUGUCUUCAGGAGCUGCGUAAUCCACCCCUUAGGAUGACUCACAAGCAGAAUGAGGUGGGUAAUAGGGCAUUCAGAGGGCCUUCUGCAAACCAAGAGUCCAGGAGGCAAUGGAAGCAGCAGAGUGAGGUGGCACUUGCUAUGCCACACAGAGACCUUAGUCACUGGUCAUUUUCAAGCCUCUGUCUUCCCAGCUCACUGGUGAGGACACCAGCUUUCCCACCCACCUAGUGUCCCAGAAAAUGAGAUUCAAAGGGAUAAAAUGGAUCGUGGUGCUGGACUGAUUCUUAGGACCAACAAGAGACUAGGGAGAGCGAGCACUUUAGCAGGUCAGCCUGGACGCGUACAGUCUGGGUUUGAGUUACCUUUCAGUUUGGGUAACCUCAUCUCUGGGGUGGGCUGGAUGAAGGAUGUAAGGGAACUCUUCAGUCUCUGCAACUUUUCUGUAAAGCUAAAGUCAUUCCAAAAUAAAAGUUUAUUUAAUUAAAACACAGAUACUGCAAUGGCUUUAGCCAGCAUUUUUGGUUGUGUUUGAUGGACCUUGUCCUCGGAGCUUCAGGUCUGAGGCUCAGGAACAUGCAUUUCUAGAAAGUUCUCAGAAACAGCUGGGAGCCCAGAAACAUAUUUUUAGACAGAGCACCUGCUGCUCAGGGAAAACAGCCAGGACUCUAGUCAAAUAAUGCAGCUUGCUUUUUUGUUCUGGGCCCUUGGACUUGUCCAGGGUACUUGAGCUCUAGACCACCCCGGCAGGAGAGUGGAGGGGGACAUGGUUCUCCAAGCUGUCAGGUGGCCUCUACAGCCCUAACUGUGACCAGGGUCAGGAGAGCAGAGGAUGUUCUUGUAAAGUGCUGGGCCAAGGUAACAGGCCAUGUAUCUCAUCUGGAAGGACGACUUCAUUUAGAGAAACCCAGCCAGCAGUCCUCAAGAGGAUGUGGUGGAGGUCUUAAGAAAGACAGCUGGGAGCAAAGCAUGACCUAUACCUGUAAUCUCAGCCCUGGAGAGACAAGAUGACACAUUCAGGAUAAAAAUCUUCAUGAGUAUCGUAGCAAGAUCCAGGCCGUCCUGGAAAACUUAGUACAAUCCUGUCUCCACAUAAAAAUAGAAAGGGGCAGAGGAUGUAGUUUGGCAGUAGAGAAUUUGGCAGGCAUGUUGGGUUCAAUCCUCAGAAAGAGAGGGGCGGGACAAGGAGAAAGAGGGGUGGUGUAGUUGUCAAGUGGGACCGAGCUGCAUUUCCUUCUUACACCAGCAAGUGGCGCUGCCUUCCCGCUCCUAGAGCAGAGCGGCGGCUUGCGGAUGGCCCUGAGCACGGUUCAGGUCUGAGGAGACUUAACUGGAGGCAGGCCCUCACGUGCUGUUCAUCCGGCCUGCUCUAUACUUGUACCUUAGGGGUGGUGGGAUCCUCUGUAAGAAGCACCUCCAAAAUGUUUUCUGGGUUCUUUUACGUAUCCCUUCCUCUGCCCUUAAGAAAGGCAGCAUGUAGGGGUUCCUGAGGCUCUGUGAGGCCCGGAGCCAACCCCUGCAUGGUAGAUUUACAUUUUAAUUUCUCAGUUUAUGAAGAUUAGUCAGUAGUUAAUGAGCACAUGCCUAUAAUCCCAGCACCUCAGAGGCUGAGGUACAAAUAUUGCAAGUUUAAAAGUAAGCCUGGGCUACAUUGUGAGACUCUAAAAUACUCUAAAAGAUAUUAAAAUCUUAAAUAAAUAUUUUCAUUUAAAACACUA